GAUUAAAUUUCAGUCUCUGAGUAUUACUAGUACGAAAUACUCCUCCAUGUUUGCGGUUGGUAACAUUAAGUCGUGUGGUGUAGUGUAUAUGAACGAGUUUUCUGUAUGAAAUAAUUUAAAUCAAGGAUCUGAUUAUAAGUAACCACGCUGGCUGGAGGAAAUUACACUAUGAAUAAGGCGAGUGAUAGCCCAGAAACAAACGGCAAGUUACCGUCGAGAAAUUCUUCAGAAAGUGAUUCCACCCCUGAAAGAGCGUCAUGGGGUAGACCUUUAGAGUUUAUCCUAGCCUGCCUAGGCUAUGCAGUUGGUAUAGGAAAUAUAUGGAGAUUCCCAUAUCUGGCAUACAGAAAUGGCGGAGGUGCAUUUCUCAUCCCUUUCUUCAUUAUGCUGCUAUUUAUUGGGAUGCCAUUAUUCUACUUGGAGUUAUACGUCGGCCAAUACACCGGGUUGGGACCGCUAAAAGCAUUCAGUGCCAUAUCUCCUUUCUUCAGUGGUCUCGGCUACUGUACUCUCGUCGUGAUCACCAUCAUAUGUAUAUACUACAUGAUCAUUGUUGCGUGGACUCUAUUUUAUACGUGCGUUUCGAUAGCCGGAAGGUUAGACUGGGGAUCGUGUGAUAAUGAAUAUAACACUGAUUUCUGCUACAGCGGCACCUAUGACAAAGACUGCAGAAGCAGGAACUACACAGGCGUAGAAACUCAGACUUUCUUUAUGAGACAGUGUGUUAGCAUCGGAGAGAUCUGCACUAUCACCGGGUUUCAGCCUGGGAAUGAAACACAUUGUCUGGACGGCGGGCAACCUAUACUCUGGUAUACUAACGUAACUAGGGUAUUGGCAUCUGAAGAGUAUUAUAAUGAGAGAGUGCUGGGCAGAGGCGACGCCACUUGGGAGAGCUGGGGAAGCAUACAAUGGCACAUAGUCGGCACACUCUUUGCUUCUUGGGUGAUCGCGUUCUUUUGCGUUAUCAAGGGUGUCCAAUCGGCCGGAAAAGUGGUAUAUUUUACUGCUUUAUUCCCGUACGUGAUGUUGACUGCGCUAUUAAUUCGGGGAGUGACGUUAGAUGGCGCUUCGGAUGGCAUACUGUUUUACCUACAACCGGACUGGGGGACGCUGCUUGAAGCGAAAGUGUGGGGGGAUGCAGCUUCUCAGAUCUUCUACUCUUUCGGCGUCGGCUGCGGUUCCCUGGUGACCCUCGCUUCGUACAACAACUUCUACAACAACUGCCAUUUUGACGCGGUCUUCGUCAGUUUCGCCAACUUCUUGACCUCAAUCUACGCUGGGUUUGCCGUGUUCUCAGUGCUUGGCUUCCAGGCUCAGCAAAUGGGGGUCAGUGUUGAUGACGUCGCCGAACAAGGUCCAGGGCUAGCCUUCGUCGCGUACCCAGAAGCCUUGCUCCAGAUGCCCAUACCUCAGUUCUGGUGCAUCAUGUUCUUCCUCAUGCUGUUCAUCCUGGGUCUCGGGAGCCAGUUCGCUGGAAUCGAAGCUAUUAACACGGCCAUAGUUGACCAGUGGCCUCAUCUGAGAAAGAAUUAUUGGAGGGUGACCGCAUUCACAUGUACAGCGUGCUUCGUCCUGGGGAUCCCUAUGUGUUUCAGCGGCGGCGUGUACUUGUUUACUCUGCUCGAUUGGAACACCGCCUCCUGGGCUAUACUGUUAAUUGGCAUGGCCGAGUGCAGUGCAGUCUCCUGGAGCUACGGCAUCAACCGGGCGAUGAAGGAUCUCGGCACUAUGGGCAUGAAGCUGAAUAAAGUUGUUAGUUUCUACUGGAAGGCUGUCUGGACCGUCAUAUGUCCUAUAGGAAGUAUUGGUAUCCUGAUCUUCAUCUUCACAGACUGGACGCCACCCUCGUACGAAGACUAUGUGUUCCCGCUAUUCGCAGAUCUGCUUGGCUGGGCUGUAGGCCUGUCCACUCUCAUUUUGUUCCCAGUUGGAUUGUGUUGGGCAUUGUAUCAGGGAUAUCGCGGAAAAAGUCUAUUUACACCGACGCAAGCAUGGCGACCUGCUGUGAAGACCCUCAAUGCGCCAAGAUCUGAUUCCGUCAUGACAAUGGAAUCAGCCCAGUCAGAAGGGCCAUACGAUAACGUCGGCUAUAUUAUGUGAUAGUCAUUAUAUAGGUUUGAUUUUACAUCAAACUUCAUAUAUACUGGUGAAUAAUUUCAGCAUUAAAUGAAAUUUUAGUCCAAAAGCCGACGAUUCAAAGAUUUACCCUUCAAAUCACAGACAAAUAAUGUUUUUAAAUCUGUGGAUUUACCUCAUUUCACAAAGGCUGGUUAAUUGUAUUGUAUACAUUUGUCUUAUAAAAAAGUGGACAAGACCAAGGCAUUAGGCAUCAUUUAUUAUUAUAGGUUAUUUAUUAAUUAAAAAAAAAAUCUACGGUCUCAACCACCACGACUUACACAUUCAAAUAACACAAAAAUAGUCAACGUCAAAGUAAAA